UGAGUCAAACCUGUCCUUUCUGUCUGGAAGAUGACGAGAAGAAACCACACGGUGGUGAUUGAGUUUGUUUUCCAAGGUUUCUCCAGCUUUCAGGAAUACAAGUUUACCCUCUUUAUGGUCUUUCUGGCCUUGUACCUGCUAACUCUGACUGGCAAUGCCAUCAUUAUGAUAGUUAUCAGUAUUGAUCGUCACCUUCAUACUCCCAUGUACUUCUUUCUUAGUAUGCUUUCCACUUCAGAGACUGUGUACACAUUGGUCAUUGUACCAAGGAUGCUUGCCAGUCUUGUGGGUUCAAGCCAAUCCAUUUCUUUGGCUGGCUGUGCUACCCAGAUGUUCUUUUUUAUCACUUUGGCCAUCACCAACUGCUUUCUGCUUACAGCUAUGGGAUAUGACCGCUACGUAGCUAUCUGCAACCCCUUGAGGUACACAGUUAUCAUGAACAAGAGGGUGUGUGCCCAGCUAGUAUGGGGGUCCUGCAGCAUUGGGCUGCUUGUGGCCAUAAUUCAAAUUGCAUCUGUGUUCAGGGCACCUUUCUGUGACGGAGACGUAGCCCACUAUUUCUGUGACAUCCGCCCUGUUUUGAAACUGUCCUGUGCUGAUACCACUCUACAUGACAUAGUUAACUUUAUCAUCAGCUCACUGGUUAUUGUGGUACCCAUGGGCUUGGUUUUCAUCUCUUAUAUUCUCAUCAUCUCCACCAUCCUCAAGAUUGCCUCUGCCGAGGGACGGAAGAAGGCCUUUGCCACCUGUGCCUCCCACCUCACUGUGGUCAUCAUCCACUAUGGCUGUGCCUCCAUUGCCUACCUCAAGCCCAAAUCAAAGAAUACCAGGGAUCAGGACCAGCUGAUCUCAGUGACUUACACAGUGUUCACUCCUCUCCUUAACCCCGUGGUAUAUACCCUGAGAAACAAAGAAGUCAAGGAUGCCAUUUUCCGUGCCAUUGGGAAAAAACCUCUUGCCUAGGAUAUGUGGCAGUUUGGCAUACAGUAGA